GAAGUAAGUGAUUAUGACAAUGAGUUGUUGUCUUUUUAUCAUUCGCCCUGAUGUUAUCGACAAAAUUGCUUGAUUAUAGUUUUAAAAUAUAUAAUUUUAUUUUUAAUUAGAAUUUAUUAAAUUCACAAGUUUGUUGACAUGUAGUUUUAGUUUAGCAACGUAAACGUAAGAAACUUAAUAUUAAAUCUUAAUUCUAAUAUUCGUAUUAACAUUAGACAAUUUAAAAAUUAUAGAAAAGUUGAUGCAAUAAAUGAACAUUGGUGUGAACUUGAGAAAAUUUCGUUAUACUUGCGGUUUUGUUACAAGUGUUUUUAAGUCACGUUUUAAUACACGAAUUAUCCAAGUUGUUAAUAUGGGAUUGCUAACAGAAGGUAGCCCACUCUCAUGGGAAGAAACUAAAGCUUUAGCGGAACACGUGCGGCACCAUGGUAUCGAGCAGUUUAUAAAUCUCUACAGUAAGCUACGAGAUCGCACCGGCGAUGUUCUUAAAUGGGGAGAUGAGGUGGAGUAUAUAAUAGUAAAAUUUGAUGAUAAGAAUCAACGAGCCACUGUGAGCCUGAGAGCGGACGAGAUUCUUCCACAACUACAAGAAAAAGAAACAGAAGAACCAGAAAAUGUGAAAUCACUCUGGCGCCCGGAAUAUGGCGCAUAUAUGGUCGAAGGUACUCCAGGAAAGCCUUAUGGUGGGCUUUUGGCACAUUUUAACAUAGUUGAGGCUAAUAUGAGAUACCGCAGGGUCGAAGCCAGUACGCUAUUAAAAGAGGGUGAAGUUAUUAUGAGCAUUACAAAUUUUCCUAGGCUCGGCUGUCCAGGUUUCACAAGUCCACCAUAUUCUCCAACCCCCGACAGGGGAGUGACAAGGUCGCAUUACUUUCCAGACGAAGGCAUUUUCCCUGGUCAUCCUCGUUUUAAGACUCUGACUGCGAACAUUCGACAGAGAAGACAAGAAAAAGUUGCCAUUAAUAUUCCAAUUUAUCGCGAUGUGAAUACAAAAAUCCCAGUGGACGACUCUCACAAGCUAGAGCCCGGAGUGGCCCAGCCGGACUGCAUAUACAUGGACGCGAUGGGCUUCGGCAUGGGCUGCUGCUGUCUUCAGCUCACAUUCCAAGCGUGCUGCAUCAACGAGGCUCGCACGCUCUACGACCAACUCGCACCUUUAUGUCCCAUUAUGCUGGCGCUGUCUGCCGCGUCGCCUAUCUAUCGCGGCUUCCUGUCCGACGUGGACUGCCGUUGGAACGUGAUCUCGGCCUCCGUGGACUGCCGCACGCGAGAGGAGCGCGGCCUCGAUCCGCUGAACAACAACAAGUUCCGCAUACACAAGUCCCGAUACGACUCCAUCGACUCCUACCUCUCUCCGGAACAUGAAAAGUACAACGACAUCCCGAUCGUGCACGACGCGGCGAUCUACCGGCGCCUGCGCGAGGGCGGCAUCGACCACCCGCUGGCCCUGCACGUGGCGCACCUCUUCAUACGAGACACCGUGUCACUGUUCUCCGAGAAGGUGCACCAGGACGACAAGAACGACACCGACCACUUCGAGAAUAUUCAGUCUACAAACUGGCAGACGAUGCGUUUCAAGCCACCCCCUCCCAACUCGCCCAUCGGUUGGCGCGUGGAGUUCCGUCCGUGCGAGGCGCAACUCACCGACUUUGAAAAUGCUGCCUACGUGUGCUUCGUCGUGCUGCUGACCAGAGUUAUUCUGUCGUAUAAUCUCAAUUUCGUUAUGCCGAUUAGCAAGGUGGACGAGAACAUGCAGCGCGCGCAGCGGCGCGGCGCGUGCGGCGAGCAGCGCUUCUGGUGGCGCCGCCACGUGCGCGCGCCCGCGCCGGGGGACGACUACCUCGAGAUGACCGUCAACGAGAUCGUCAACGGAAAGGAGGGCGCGUUCCCGGGGCUGAUCCCGCUGAUCGAGUCGUACCUGUCGGGCAUGGACGUGGACGCGGACACGCACUGCAGCGUGCAGCAGUACCUCAAGCUCAUCCAGCGCCGCGCCGCCGGCGAUCUCCACACCAUGGCCGCCUGGAUGCGCGACUUCGUCACCUCGCAUCCCGACUACAAGAAAGAUUCGGUCGUCACCGAGAAGAUAAACUACGACCUGCUGAAGACCGCGCACGGGAUCCAGACGGGCUCUCUGGCGGCGCCCACGCUGCUGGGCAGCAGCACCACCUCCAAGACCAACGACGACAUUCCCAACGCCAUCAGAAGGAUGCUCAGCAAGGACUGCCCCUAGCCGCCUCUUUCGCCCCAGUGCCUUGAGCUCUUCACGCGUGUUGCCUAUGUACAAGCAGAAGUAAAUGUAUAGAUGCGCCUAACUUCUCAAAAAUACGUGUUUCCUUAAAUAAAAUUAUAUAAAAACAAUGUAAGGCUCGGCUAAUAAAAAUAUUUUAAUGCUAUGGUCUAUAAUUUACAUUUUAUAGGUAUUGGCCAAUUGUAAUGGACACUGCAAAUUGACAUUUUUUUAAUAUUAUGGUGAUAAAUAAUGUUAUGGUACAUUUGCAGAACACACAUUUUUGAGCAUGUUAUGAGUAUAUAUACUUUUGCCUCUUCUUGUACUUAUACUGUUAUAGUAGUUUCGCCUUAUAUAGUUUUAUAAAAUUAUAAUAUAAAUUAGUAUACACCGAAUAUCUGACACACCCAAGCGACAGCCAUAUUAUUCUUCGCUCGGAGUUUUCGGUGAAUAGACAAUAGAAGUGUAGCACUGUGUUGUCAUUUUAUGGUAUUAUACGCAUGUUACUGUAAAAGUUUGACGGUUGUAGUCUGAGUACUUUAAGAUAUCGACAUAAUUAAGCAAUAUAUUACAAAAGUCAUACCUAUCUGGACAUUUUGAAUAAAUUGUACAAUAGUGUUUUUAAAAUAUUUGAUACUACACAUAUCAAGUGUAGUUUAAUUGACUCAAAUAAUUUGAUAAUUUGAAUGACUUCAUAUGUACAGGAUGGAUACAAGCAAGAGGCAUCAAAUUAAAACACUUGAAUUACUUACCAUUUCUAAGCUAUAUAAAAAAAAAAAAAAAACAGUCUAAAGAAGCAGUAGUUUGUUUAGUUGUGAACUUACAUAGCGUUACCUACUGAUUCUGUGAGUGAUUUAUUGUAUGUAGAUUAGAAAUAGUAUGUAGUAUAUUAUGUAGUUUAAUUCGAUGCAACGUGUUUAAAUCCAGCUGUACAUUCAACUGUACGAAUCUUGCGGUUUAGAAAAAAAAAAAAACUAUGUGAUUAAAAUAUUAUCAAAUAUUAAAAGAGACAGCGUAAUUAUGUGUUAUCGAGUUUAUAAUUGUUUUAUGGAAAGUUGUCUUAUAUGCAUAAACAUUCAUAUACCUACAGCAUUUGAUUAGUACAAAUAAUUGUAUAUUUUUAAUGACUUAUUAUUAGUGAUGAUACCUAUAUUGAACUAUGAGAUAUGCAAACAAGCAUUGCAUUCUUAUAAAACGUGAUAAAUAUGCAGUUUUAUGACUUUUAGUGACUGAAAUAUUAGUUAGAAAAGUUUAUGGCACUAUUGUUUGAUUGGUUAGUACCUAUUAUGCCUUAGAGUUGGGAGAAAUUUAAAUCAUUUCGAGUUUAGAAACCCAAACUCACGAAAUACUUAAUAAGUACUAAAAUAAUAUGUUAAAUAAUAUGUUUUAAAACAUGGUUGUGAUAAAAUCAAUAAACACGAUUUUUAAUUAUAUGGCACUUGCAGAGAUUGUCAUAUUGAAUUGAUUGAAACUCAAUAUAUUUCAGCGACGCAGAUGCCAUGGUCACGUGCAUUCCGUAAAAGUAAGUAGUUCCGUAUUAAAACAAUCAAAUAACAUAUAUGUGAUAAAUGGUAAGGGUUUUUACUUCACUUCCUUAAUCAAUUAUUGAAGUUUGCUUCAAUAAAUAUCAAUAGAAAACGAUUUGUUUUGGCCAAACUAAUUAUUUAUUUGUAAUUACAUUAAAUAAAUACAAUUUUUCAAUUUUAACCUAUAUAAUCGAUUUAUGAAUGAUUUGUGUAAACUCCAUAUUUUAAAACAUGAAAUUAUAUAAUCUCUGUUGACACAAAUAAAGUACUUGACAAAAA